AUGUCAAAUGACAACUAUGAAUAUAAGUUCAUUGAUGGACAGGAAUGGACUUAUUUUCAUGGAUUAAUGUAUUCUGGAGAAUCUGGUUGCCUAGAUUAUAAUGGAAAUUCAUCAGAUACAUGGCACUAUAGUAUUGGAACUUUCGACAGAUACUAUGGGGACUAUUUUCCAGGUCCUUAUUUUAAUGGUAUUUGGUAUAAUGUUAAAUACGUAGAUUUAUGGAUUGAAAGACCAUCUAAUAUCAACUCAUACAUAUUUGAUCGAUGCCAUCUGCAAAAUAGUUUGAGUAAUUCUAUCUUUUUGUUAAUUGUUGAGUAA